GUUUUUUUAUUUACGUUCGUCAAAUAUGGCGUAUCGGUUGACAAAGCCUUGACAGUUUAGGAUUUUAAUGGAAAAAAAUCAGUAAAACUGAUGAGUUAAUUUAGUAUAAAAUGUAUACGCUUCCAAAUUUUUGUCGUGUUUGCCUCAAAUAUGAUAAAAACCUCAUCGAUUUGGCUCAUAUCGAGAACGAACCGAGUGAAACGUUAAUGAGUAAACUUGCACUCUGUGUUUCCGAAGUGGAAUGGAACGCCUUCAAGCCCCUGCUGUGCCAUCCGUGUAUUAAACGACUGAAUAUCGCCUAUGGCUUCAAAAAACAGUGCAUGCAAUCGGCAGGUGUUUUAAAAAACUAUGUGGAGUUAGUUAAGGAAUCUCAAAAGAAGAAUGAAUCUCAAAGUACCAUUAACACAGAGAACUCCGCUACACCCGGAGGUUCUUACAUGCUUUUACCCAAUCAGAAGUAUGUUAAAAUCCUUGUGGGCUCUCAGAAUCAAAGUACAACAGGUAAAACGAAUUCUUUCCAAAAUGUGUUUCUUAACCUUGUACCGUCAACAACAAUCAGUUCGGUUUCGUCUGGUUCGGAAACGGGUGCCGAAAAUAGCAAAGACACAAAUCAGAAUGUGUUUUUAAAUUUAAACAACACCUUCCAAAAGUUUAUUCCAAUAUCCCCAGCGGAGUCGCCGCCUCUUAAGAAUAAUGAGGCAUCGAAGAGGUCAAGGGAAUCCCUACUUAAGGCAAAUGUAAACAAUGUAAACGUUAAUGACCUUUUAACAGAAUCCAAAGCGGAAGAAAUGAGCGUAGAAAUAGACCCAACGUCAUUUUUAUCAGUUGAACAUGAUAAUCCAUCCAGUAGUGACGGCGAUUCCAGGAACGAUUGCGAUUGGGAUGAAAUGAUCACCAAACAAAAACUAGACUAUAUGCAAGCGAAGAGCAAGGCGAAUGGUUCUACCUCAAAAUAUCGAGAUUCGACCAAUUUUGUUCCUAUUCUCCCAAAGGACGAUUAUCAGAUGUACUCAGGGGGACAUUUUCUGUCAAGUUCUUCUGAUCAAUCAGAUAUAAGCUGCGAAUCAUGCCAAAGAUCUUUCCACACAUUAAGACUGCUGAAGCAACAUCUCAAGCAAUUCCAUCUGGGGAAACUACCAUUCAAAUGCGAUUAUUGUUACGCAGAGUUUCUAAGGCGAUCAGACUAUGAAAGUUGCUUGUAUAGACAUAAGAAAGAUCAAGAGGUUCAGAACACGUCACUGACUCUAAAAGACUUCACCGGCAAUUCCUCCUAUGAAAAUGAUGCCUUGAGCAUUUCCAUUAUUGCGGGUACUCCAGCCGAUCAGAAUCUUGAACCCAACGAAAACGGUGAAUACGUUUGCGAAGUAUGUAAGCGAAUUUUUAAUAGUUCAGCGGGUCUGCUCAGGCAUAGGGUUAGAAAACAUAAUCAGAAAAAUCGAAAAAAAUACUUUAUAAAAGGUAUGAAAAAUGCUCGGUGUGAUAUUUGCAAAAGAGAAUUCUCCACACAAUCUUACAUGCAACUGCACAGAAAGCUACAUCUAAGGGAAGAUGGAGGAUAUAAAUAUAAAGUGCAGGGCAGAAGCAAAUAUAAAAACAUAGAGGGAGAAGAAGAAGAAAAGGACGAAGCUGCGAAACAAGAGAAUGAUAACGAGUCAAAAGAAAAUGAAUCGGAGACCGUAAAUGUUACUUCAGAUGGUCCUCUUACCGUGAAAGAGGACCAAAAUGAAAGUGAUUCGGAGACAGACAGUGAACCAGAACAUUCAGCUAAAAAGCAGAAACUUGAUGAUUGCGAUUCUAGUGAUUCACAGGAUGUGAAAGAAGAAUACAAUUCAAAGGAUAAAUCAGGGGGCAGUAGUAGUAGCAGUUCCAAUGAUGAGCAACCGAAGAAAAGCGAAGAACCCGAAGAAGAAGACGGAGACUCAGAAUCCAGUAGACAUUCUGAUUCAAAUUGUGACGAACAGAAUGAUGACGAUAAGCAUUAAUUAGUCUAGAGCGAGUAAUGUUUUAUGUUUCGAGUUAUAUCCAUAGAGCCCGUUGUUUUCCGGAGUGACACUAAUUAUCUCCUCGCCAACAUAUUAGCAUUGAUAUUAAGGGAUAUUAUGACUGAAGAGUUAUAAAACUUAAGACCUGAAAAAUGUUCAGAAUCAGUCUGUUGUGGUUUUCCGAAAAGAAACGAUUACUGAAUACUCACGAUAAUGAGGAUUAAAAUAAAAAAAACACAGGUCAACUCAAUUAAAAAUAAAUGAACCAAACAAAAAAAUAUAGAUUACAUUUUUAAAUGAAGUCUUAAUUGGGAGAAAACAUAGAAUUAUUGAGAGAAAUGUGUGUGUUUCAUAAUUAGAAAUGUUGAUAUUUCAUUUUCAAAUCUUUAUCCUGUAAGAGUUUAUUUGGUUCUUAAGUUUAUGCAUGGAUUUAUGUUCAAUUGACUUAUCCGAUAUUUUUGCUCUGAAGAUCACAAUAGACCUGUUCUCAAUAUUUGAGAGUAAAAACUGUAAACUGGAAAACUAAGUUGUCAACAAAAUCUGUUUAAUUUAAUGAGCGAAGUGAAUCUUAACCAACCCUAAAAAUGUGAAUAGUUUGUGGAUUUACAAAAGCAUGUUGCAAAACUGUUUUCAAUUUUAUAACAUGUUUCAAAUAUCUUCUUACAGUAAUGUGUUGAUAAGCCCUUUACUAAAUCCUGAAUUCUGCUCGAAUUACUUUAUGGCAAUAUUUGGGUCAAAAAUGGCAAUAAUGUAUAUAGAUAUAUAUACUAUUUACCAAUAUGUGUAUGUGAAAAAUAUUGCUGUAGUUUUUUCUCUCAAUGAAAGUGGCGCUUCUCAAAAUCAAUAUAUCUGAAAUGUUUUAUCAAUAUUCAACUACUACAGUAAAUUAUGAAUAACAAACCUAAAUAUCGUGUGAAAUAUGCAAUAAUUAGCAUGUUUCGGGUUGAAUAAAAUCGAAACUAAAACGUUUUUCAUACAACUUGAACUGAGUAUAAAAGUAAUAUUAUUUUCUUUUAAGUACAUGUAGUAUUUUAGGUUUAAACCUCUGGUAAUUUUAGAUGAUUGGAUCCUUUAUUGCAGAUUGCAGAAAUAUCUUUUGCUUUGGCACCAAUACUUUUUUAUCAUCAUCAUCAACAAAUCUUUUUUAAGAUCUUAAUUUCCGGUAUCUAAGUUUUUUACUGUUUAAAUUACUCAGCAACUUGAACUUGCAAGUGCUUCAAUUAGUUGUGUAUAUUUUUCCGAUAUGUUGUAAGAUGGGAUCUGAUUUUAAUUAGCCAUAGAAUAUUUUUAUUAUCAGUAAGUCUAAGUUUUUUUUAUAUACAACUACUGUAGGUAUUAAGAUCGUUUAAGUUUGACUUGGCAUUAGCCCGGAUGUACAUAUAGAUUCCUACGUACAUAAUUAUAAGAGUAUUUUGCUCCUCUGAUAUUUUUACGCUCCUUGGCGCUCAUCUAGGUUUUACUUUCAAAGUGGUAGUUUGAAGAUGAUUUACUCUUUUCAGCUUAAUGCUCUUGACAAUGUAAACUUUUUAGAUUUUAUUAAGAAGCUGAAGCUGUAAAGUGUUUUCUUGUAACUGCGGUCUUUGCACUUUUGAACAAUUUCAUAUCCAGGAUCUGAACUUUUGGCGCUUUAUUUUUAAGAGUGUACUGAUUAUUUGUAUAGUAUUUCUACUCCAAUUAAAAGUGAGGCAAGCUUUGAAUACUUAUGCUAAAUAGGUAUGAAGGCAAUUUGCUACACUUGGCGAAUUAAAUGUGAUACUUUGAAACUAAACACUAGUUUGCUGCAAAAAUAUAUCCUAUUCUAAAAGGUCAGCAAGGAAGUUAAAGUGCCUGAUUGUAUAGCGCCCUUAACGGGAAUGUAAAUUUUAGAUUUUAAUGGUUUUUGAAAGUUCUAAUAAUUAUAGGCAUUUAUACAGUUUAUUCGGGGCGACCAUUCGGUUGAAUAAUAUAUAGUAGAAAUACUGCGCAAAGGAAUACAUGUUGGAGCAAAUAGAGGCACUAUCUACAGUGAAACCUUGAUAAAACACGCUUUGUUAAUUUUAGCCUUCGGGGCACCUAAAGCUCCUUAAAUUUAGUGUUUGUCAAAACUUCAUUUUUAUUUAGUGUCGAGACAUACGAUCAAUGUUUUCUUAGUGUUUAGGGCGUAGAUACUCGUUCCUGGUAGAUUUGUGACUACAUGCGAAUACAUAUAAAUGCUCAUCGGGGAUAUUUUUCGGUGUUCCGAAACCAUUUCAUAUCAGUUAAAUCUAUCAAAAAAGUUUAAAUUUUCAUAUUUUAAAGAGACUACAUUUCUAAGUUCAAAUUUGUUUUAAUCGGAAUUAAAGUGACAAUAAUCAAAAUUAAAUUGAAAGGAAACUUACUGUUCACAAAGACAAAAUUUGAUUGCUUCAUACCGAUUUGAUGUAUUUACUGCCAAUGAGCAUUUUAUUAAUGUCUAUGAUUUUAAUUAUUGUUAACUUAAUUUUGACUUUGUGACAAUUUGAACUUGAGUAUGUAUUGCAUUUGGAGCUGUUUCAUAAAGUCUUCUGACAUAUUUUCUAUCAAGAUGCUUAUAGCUGAUAUCCCCUUUGGGCUCAAUAAGUCCACUGAUUACAAUUAAUAUCUAAAUUAAUAUUAGACCCUUUUGAAUAAUGCACUGUUGUGUUCAAAAAAAAGUUAACUCACCACCCAUUGGGGCAUAUUUCUGGCCAUCCUUAAUCGGGUGGAUGGGUUGGAGAUGACCAUGGGUUUCCAUUUAUUCUCGUUUUUACUCUGAAAAUUUAGAAGAGGCAUUACAUUUAUUCCACCCUUUUUUAUUUAUAUAUCAUAUCAUGUAUUUUAUAUCGUACCCAUAAUAAAAUAUUUUUUGACAAAAUAA